AUCUGCGGAACCCGAUCACAGCGCCGCUUGUUUGAAACUAAAUUCAGCCUCAGUAAGCGACCAUACCCCCACCACUGAAAUUCGAGGAAGUUUCAAGACCUGUAUGUAAGACCGUGGUCUUACUCAAUUGCGGUGAAGAAUUUUCUCAUGUUUGUUGCGAGAUGGCGGCAAUGUUUGUGCGUCCGUUGGUUUGAUGGAUAAAUUUAACCCCAACAAUGGAAGUCAAAAACAAAUAAAUAAUAAACUAUUAUCCUUGCAAAUUAUAUGAUGGAAGAAGAUCGAGUAGCAAUAAUUCAUUUAGCUACUGAUACAAAAAUAAUAAACGUACCAUUCAGCGCUGGAACGACAGCAGAGGAACUAUGUGUCAAAAUCUGCAAACAGCUUGGCAUUGGUCCCGUCACAAGGCACCUUUUUGCCCUCCGUAACCGUUCUUCUAAACAUUGGUAUCCUCUAGGACAUAAAUUAGAAGGCAAAGAAAAAGCAAAAUUCGACUUCCGAGUUCGUUUUAAGCCAUCGAGUUUACAAAGACUGAAACAAUUAGAUAUCAAGGCAUAUGAUUACUAUUUUCAACAAGCACGUAAUGAUGUACUUGAUAACAAUGUACCUGACAUUGUUUAUGAGAGGCACAAACGAGAACUUAUAGGAUUGGGUGUCAGCGAUAUGUACAGAGUCAUGCUCGAGAAAGAUAUACCAAGAGAAAUUAUUGAGUCAGAUUACAAAAAAUAUAUUCCCAAAGAAUGCAUAAAACGGCAUUCCUUUUUCAUAAAAAAACCAAUUCAUAAUGCCCUUGGUAGAAUAUCAGGACAUGAUGCAUCCUAUGUCAAGGAGCAGUACCUCAAUCAGUUUCAAAGUAUGGCACCAAAUUAUUUAUGUGAAGAAUAUAAAGCACUAAUGGAUCGUGGGACAUCAAAUCCUCCCUUGAGAGUUCUUUUAAGAGUGAAUGCUGCCGAAGUGAAGUACUGUGACAUAGAAAACAACCAUUGGAUUAUCUUAUGUGCCAUAGAAGAUCUCUGUUUCGUUUCCAUAAGACAGGACAGUACUAUUGAGAUAUCUCGAAAAAACGGAAUUCCAUCCUAUUUAAAAUUCGCAACAAAUACUCUCUUGAUGUCCUUUGUUUCCGCCUUAGAUGGUUACUAUAGAUUAACCGUCAAGUGGACUUUUAAUCUUUGUCGUGACGCCGUGACUCCAAGUUUGCAAAAGCUGCAUAAACUGAAGUGUCAUGGCCCUGUUGGCGGUGAAUUCUCUUACGCAAAGCUUGAGGAAAAGCGUGGAAAUCGUAUCGGAUCUUAUAUUCUACGUGAGAGCGAAACAAAGUACAAUGUAUAUUAUUUAGACAUCUGCGGGAAGGAUGGGAAACCAAGGACGCGGAAGAUUGAGCAACUUGGAUGCGACGACUUUAUACUUUCAGAUUGUGUGCAGCGUUACAGAUCCUUACCACAGCUUAUCUCAUCGCAUCAAGAUUCUGAGGGACAGUUGUACCUCAGGGAAUGCCUACCACCAUCGGAAUACGACAAAUCCCCACUGUUAAUCUGUGCUGUUGAGGGUAUAGGAAAUGAUGUAACUGUCGAUGAAGAAAUUAUAUCCGCUCUUCUUGAAGGAGGUCCCCGUUGUAUUCCACCACAACAAUUACAAGUAUAUAAAGCUCUACCCUUUCCCAAGAGUGUCGAGAGUAUCGAAGCGAGAACUCCGUCGACGACUCUCUAUAGGGCAAUGUGGAGGGUAGCCAAAGGAAAAAAAUUGGAAGCAGCGAUAAAGGUCCUCAAAGACGAUGAAGUAAGAUGCACCAAAGAAUUUUUGGAGCUUGCUGGAAAGUGGGGACAGUUACGUUCCAGUGCUCUGGUUAGGUUAUAUGGCUUAACUGUAGCUCCUGCACUAGGGAUGCUACUGGAAUUAGUCAAAUUGGGACCGCUGGAUGCUUACCUAAAGAACACUCCUCCGGAUUCUAUUAAGACGGUCGACAUGGUGGAGGCUUCUGCUUGUCUCGCGACAGCCCUAUGGCAUUUAGAGGAGAAUGGCGUUGUUCACGGUAACAUUAGGUGCCGCAAAUUAUUAGUUCACGCUCACACAGCUAAUAGUUUCGUGGUCAAAUUAACUGACCCUGGACUUUUCAGUUACACUCAAGCCGACGUCCAUUGGCUGCCACCUGAGUGUUUUGGAAAUCCUGAAUUAGCCAGACGAAGUCCUCAAGCUGACGUUUGGGCUUUGGCCACCACUAUAUGGCAGAUAUUUUCUAGAGGAGCUCCUUUGCCUACCCAUCAAGAUAUUAACGCUGUAAAAAAGUACUAUGCCAGUGGUAAACGUUUGCCAAUGCCUUUUGGUUGUCCAACCGAAGUUUACAAGCUGAUGAAUGAGUGUUGGGGUGAAGCAGGUGGUGCACGAAAACAUCCUCAAGCUAUUAUGAGAGACAUCAAUCAAAUUCUAUAUCAAGUUUACAACUCUAGGCGGAUUCACGCUUAUUCUACUGUAUUUCCAAAACUAUUUAAUGACACAGAACAAAUUGUCGCGGAUGAUGAGAAAGACAACGAUUCAUCAGACUGUGAAUCGAGGGCUAGCAGCCUUUUUACUGACAAAACUAGUUUACCCUGGGACGAUGAUGAAGAUAGUGGUGAAGGUUUAGCUUAUCAGGAAGCUGAAGAGGAAUUGUCAGCUUAUCUAGGCUGGUUGGCUGAAGCUGGAAGUAAUGAAGGCGGUCCCUUGGGACAAAUGCAAGGAAUAUUUGAACUCGAUACAGAUUGCAAUGUUAUAUUUCAAGGAAAAAUAGGACAAGGAUUUUAUGGAGAGGUUUAUCGUGGUACUCUAGAGAGGGAAAACAAUAAAGAUGCGGAACCACAGUUGGUCGCAGUAAAGAAGCUAAAAACUAGGGCAUUGGAGGCUGAUUUGAGGGACUUCGAAAGAGAGAUCUCGAUAAUGAAGACUUUGAAACAUCCGAAUGUUGUGGAAAUUCUUGGUGUUAUAUCAGAACCUGAAGUAUGUUUAGUUAUGGAAUUUGUCAAACAUGGUUCUCUCCAAAGCUACUUAGCCAUCCAUAGAGAGAACCUAACGCAUAAACGACUCCUGGGUUUUGCUUUAGACAUUGCUACAGGUAUGGAAUAUCUUGGACGCAAGAGUAUAGUACAUCGAGAUUUGGCCGCUAGAAAUAUUCUUGUUGCUGACGAGAAUCGUGUGAAAAUAAGUGAUUUUGGAUUGGCCCAGGUUACUGGAAAAAAUGACUACUAUAUCCUUCAGACCAACAGGGAUCUUCCAAUUAAGUGGUAUGCCCCAGAGAGUUUAAGCGAUGGCAAGUUUUCACCAAGAUCAGACGUUUGGUCAUUCGGUGUUACGAUGUACGAAACGUUCAGCUUUGGGGAAGAUCCCAAACUACCAGGAAUAGGUACUGGACCAAACGGAGAGCCGGAGGAAGGUGGUGCUGAAUUGUUAGCUGCUCUUGAAAGAGGUUCCAGGUUACCCUGCCCGCCAACUUGUCCCCAAGCUGUUUACGUGAAACUAAUGUAUCCCUGCUGGCAUCUACAUAGUCAACAGCGACCUGACUUUGCUACCCUGUGCAACGACAUCAGAGACCUGAUAUCCCAAUAUUAAAUCCAGUUGCAAAACCAUGUGGAUACUUCACCACAUUCAGUGUCCAAGAACUUUUACAGACUCUCGCAUAAGGUAUAGUCGGAACGCGACAUUAGAUUUCAAAUUUACUUCACGGAAAAACAUGAAAUAUAAAACAUUUAGCACUGUUAUGAUUAAUUUGAGUAAUAGCAGAAUUCUUCCAAUCGCCACGCCACGUCAGAAGGAUUGAACUCAACUCUGGAUUAGUCUAACAAUUAGUAGAACUCUUUAUUAAAGUAAAACAUAUGUAACCCAUUCGCAUGACUUUUUCGUAACAUCGAACAAAAUUAAUACCUGGGUCUCUCUCUCUCACACACACACACAUACACACACAAACAUACAUUUGUGCCGCUAUCAUAAGUAUACUCAAUUCAAGACAGGAUAAGAUACUUAUGUCCAUAAUUGAACUGCACCCGGUAAAAUAUCGAAAGCGGGUUAUAUUCCAUCUGUCAAAAUAGGAGUCUGAUGUCACCUCCCGACUGUAACUACCCAUGAUUCUUAAGGAAUGUUUACCAUUUUUUUAUUACUUAAUUAUAAUUACUUAAAUUCCUAAUAUCA